AUGGACGCUCGACCCCAAAGACCUUCACGAUUUACUCAAGCCAAUACUAAUGGUGAUGAGAACGUCGCACCUUUAAUUACCAAACAACAAUCAACUCUACAUCAAAAACACAAGUCCACAGGCGCCUUAACAAAUAUGUUAGCAGUCGGGGGACUCAAGGCUGCUGCCAAGAGGACUGCAUUUGGAGAUGUUAGCAAUACCGCAAAGACUUUGACUACUAUUCGGGAUGAGUCUGCCGUCAAUGGCAAGUCUGUCGAAACCAUUAAGCCUAUUGCUACUCAGGAUAAGUCAACUGCACUUUCAAAGCCAGCACAACGACCACUUAACAAUGGCCUCAAAGCGCCAUUAGCUACAUCUACUUCUGAACAACCCUCUAUUGCUCCACUUCAAAAACAACCCCAAGCAAAUAACACCAAGCGCAAUACUUUGGCUAAGAAGGGUGCUGUAUACAAGGAUAACGAAAAUGAAAAUAUUCAACCACUUGCACAAAAGCCAAUUGCCUCGACUGGUCCAGCCCACCAAACCCUCGGCCCCAGACACGCUAAGAGUCAACCUGAGAUCAAGGCCGAACAACCGGUUUUACGACGAACACAGAGCAAGCAGAUAAACAAUGCUGUUGACAACGCCGAACCCACGAUCUACCACAACGCUUCGGAACAUCCAUUGAAGGAGAACGUCAACGAAUCUCAACUCCGCUCUAUCAAGGAAAAGGAUGAGUCUGCUAUCGCCGAGAAGUUGAAGUCACAAAAGCAAUUACCUGCUGCACCGAUUGCUUCCGAACCCGAAGAAUAUUGGCCUGAGGAUGAAGAAGAGACCUAUGACGACCAAGGCUAUACAACCGCUCAUUCGUUCCGAGGGGAGAAUACCACUGGAGGAGCAACCACGGUUAUCGUCCCAAAAGUCACAAACAAGGUUAAGAAAGAGCUUGAGGAUGCCAAGAUUCUCGUCGAGUCUGUUCGAACCCAAGAGGACAUUGAGGAUGAGAUGUGGGAUACCAGCAUGGUGGCUGAGUAUGGCGAAGAGAUCUUCUCAUACAUGAGAGAGCUUGAGGUUAGUGAUUCAAAUAUUCAUUGUUAUGCUUUGGGAAACGGUCUUGGUCUAGCCCAUCAUGGAACGACAACAGCGAUCACUACUGAGACCUUAUUUAACAAACUUCUUCCCGACCCACACUACAUGGAUACACAAGCAGAGAUUCAAUGGUCAAUGAGAUCUGUCUUGAUGGAUUGGUUGAUUCAGGUUCAUCAACGAUUCUCUCUAUUACCCGAGACCCUCUUCCUUUGCGUCAACUACAUUGAUAGAUUCCUUUCAAAGAAGGUUGUUUCGCUUGGCAAGCUUCAAUUGGUUGGUGCUACCGCCAUCUUUGUUGCCGCCAAGUAUGAAGAAAUCAACUGUCCUUCCAUCGGAGAGAUCGUCUACAUGGUUGAUGGUGGUUAUAGCAGUGAAGAAAUUCUCAAGGCAGAGCGAUUCAUGCUCAGUAUGCUUCAAUUCGAGUUGGGAUGGCCGGGACCAAUGAGCUUUCUUCGUCGCAUCAGUAAGGCUGAUGAUUACGAUCUUGAAACUCGAACAUUGGCCAAGUACUUCUUGGAGGUCACCAUCAUGGAUGAAAGAUUUGUCGGUAGCCCACCAAGUUUUGUUGCUGCUGCGUCCCAUGCUGUUUCGAGGUUCAUGCUCAGCAAAGGUGAUUGGUCUCCAGCCCAUGUUUAUUACUCUGGUUAUACUUGGAAUCAGUUGAAGCCAUUGGUUGCCUUGGUUAUCGAGUGCUGCGAGAAUGCUCGAAAACACCACGCUGCUGUCUUCGAGAAAUAUUCUGAUCGCCGUUACAAGAGAGCAUCUACUUACGUUGAGGAUCAAAUGAUCAAGGGCUUUCAAAUUCCAGGUAUCAAUCGCCGCCGACAAUCUCCAUCUAUUCCAGCUCCUCUACGCCUCGAUUCUCAAUACCAAAACGUUACCUUUGACCCAUUGUUGUCCAUCGAGGAGAACUCUCAGCGAAUGGUUCAAGCAAGAACCUAA